AUGUCAGUCUCAGAAAUUAAUUUUAGUAAUAAAUCUAGAUUUAUAAAUAUAUUGGAAUAAAAUAUUGAGGAAUAGAUAUGCUUUUCGGAAACUAGAAGAAAAACACUAAAUAAUAAUGAUUAUUUUUAGGAACAAAUCGAUUAAAAGUUGAUAAUUUUUACAUGUACAUCUUUAUGUCCAUAACAGAACUAAUUCAGAAAUUAAGAUAUAAAAGAAUUAGCUUUAGCUGAAUGCGGUCUAUUAUUUGAAAAAAAUUCUGAAAUAACUAUUCACAAUUUUGGCUAGUCACUACAUACAACUGAUGAAAAGUCAUAUACUAUAGAAAAAUGA